AUGCCCGGGCGCCGGCGCCUUCCAGCGGGGUCGCGAUCCGACCUCCCGCCACUGAAAAUCAUCCGCAAGAUCCUCCUCCUCCAAGUGGCGUACUAUGUCUGCGCAACAAUCCUCAUCCUCUUCACAACGGUAGUCUACGGUACGCCGUUCUCAUUAGAUCUCAUUUUCGGAUGGGAUAAGCUGCGCGGAGAUACGACAGUGGGGUGGAUGUUAGGUUUAGUGUGGAUGUUGAAUUGUUUCAUCAGCGUGAUCUUCUUACUUCUAUUUGUCUCGCGAUCAAAACUGGUCCCCGACUUUGCACUUACGAUUCACUUCCUGCAUCUCAUUGCCACAAUCUUAUACACCCAUUCUCUACCGGCGAAUCUUCUGUGGUGGGCUCUUCAACUCGCCAGCGCGGCUAUGAUGACUUUCACUGGCAUGUGGGCAUGUCAGCACCGUGAGCUAAAGCCGAUUACAUUUGGUGGACAUGCGAGCACUGAGCGGACCGCGUCUCAGCAGGCUGAGGAUUCACAGCAGGAAUCUAGCUUUGGGAGGGGACGAGGUCGAGAGCGCAGUGUACAGGAGUAUGAGAUGAAUGAGGUGGGUGAGCGUGCUGUAUAG